UCUGGAAUGGUGCCAAGAAGAAUCUCACUAUCCAGUCUGGACAAUGUUAGGAACUGGAAAGGUGAUGUGGAAGACUGCUCGUUACGAAGUAGGGACAAGAGGCUUAGCUUAAAUCUGCCCAGGUUUACACCGCAGCAUUCCUUCGCUUCAGACUGCUCAGAUGACAGCUAUGUCCCCAUGAACCCAAAUGCUUCCCCACCAUGUUCAGAGUCAGACUGUAGUACAGACGGAUAUAUACCUAUGAGCCCAGUAACUGCAGCCUUCAGCUUCCCUGCAUCAGUUAACUCCAAGGUUUCCAGUCCUUUGCCAGAUCUCCCCACAGACCUGGAACCACCUCCUGUAAAUCGGGACCUAAAGCCACGAAGAAAGAUGCGCCCACCUCCCCUGGAUCUGCGGAACCUUUCCACAAUAAGAGAACAUGCACCAAUUACAAGAACGUGGACAGUGCCUUAUAAUCGGACCAGCUUUAUCUCCCCAGAAAGCGACUGUAUUAGCUCAGCAAAUAUCUUUGCCAAUCCUGUCUCAGGAGAAGAGGAUGAGAGCUAUAUUCCA